AGAGUCCAGGAGGCUGGGGGUGGACUCCGCAGGGAGAGCAGGAGGACCCGGGACUUCCUGGGCUGGAGGUGGACCCGCAACGACUUCCUGUGCCAGGCUUCUGGGCGGCACUGGACGAUGGACUCUGACCUAGAACGUGGCCGUCCUGUCCUCAGCCUCCCCCAGUCCUGGCACCAUCCCUGCCGCUGCCAUGCUGACCCCCUGGACUGCGCUCCUCUUGACUCUGCUCCUGGCUGGGGGCUCCGUGAGCCAGAGGGCUCGGAGACCCCCUCGGCCGGCGUCCCCCAUCAACACCAUCCAGCCCCAGGUCAACUUCGAUGCUCACCAGUUUGCAGGGACGUGGUUCCUUGUGGCCGUGGCCUCCUCAUGCCGCUUCCUGCAGGAGCAAGGCCACCGGGCUGAGGCCACCCUCCUGCAUGUGGCUCCCCAGGGCGCAGACAUGGCUGUCAGUACCUUCCAGAAGCUGGAUGGGAUCUGCUGGCAGGUGCGGCAGCUGUACAGAGAUGGCAAAGUCCUGGGCCGCUUCCUGCUGCAAGCCCGAGGUGCCCGCGGGGCAGUGGACAUGGUCGUCGGGGAGACAGACUACCAGGGCUUCGCCAUCCUGUACCUGGAGCAGAAGCAACAGCUGUCAGUGAAGCUGUACGCCCGCUCACUCCCCCCAAGUGACUCGGCCCUGAGCGCCUUUGAGCAGCGGAUCCAGAGGGUCAACCUGACUGAGGACCAUGUCCUCUUCUUCCCCAAGUAUGGUUUCUGCGAGGCUGCAGACCAGUUCCAUGUUCUAGAUGAAGCCGGAAGGUGAGUCCUGGCAGCAGACCUGAACUUGGAAUGAGUGAAGACCCCAGAGAUGGUGGCACCUGUGACCCCACUCACUGAGCCCUGAUGCCCCACAGGGUCAGGGCCACCCAUGGGUGACAGCCAGCACCCACAUGUUCAGGAGUACUGCCUUCAUUAAACGCUGCAUCCUAGCCCCUGGUUC